GUGUUUCGGUUGUUUAUCAAGAUGGCCUCCUCCGGGUGUUUAGCAUCGGCACGUUAGCAGCAGUGCGAUGGAUGACAGCCUGCAGCAGCCGAGCGACGGCUCGCUCGAGUGGUCGGGGCUGUUCGUCGAGGAGAUCGACCAUCGCGAGAUCCAACUGUUCGAGGUGGUGGGCAAAGGGACCUUUGGCCUUGUGCGCAAGGGUCGCUGGCGAGGCCAGGAUGUGGCCGUCAAGUCCAUUGCCUCCGACCACGAGAAGCGUGCAUUCCUCGUAGAGGUGCGACAGCUGUCACGAGUAGACCACCCCAACAUAGUCAAGCUGUAUGGUGCCAGGGUGCGAACACCGGUUUGCCUGGUGAUGGAGUAUGCGGAAGGGGGAUCCCUCUACAAUGUGCUGCACACGAUGAAGCAGCUGCAGUACACGCUGGCGCACGCCCUCAGCUGGAUGCUGCAAUGUGCUCGUGGAGUGGCCUACCUGCAUGGCAUGAAGCCCAAGGCCCUGGUGCACCGAGACCUCAAGCCACCCAACCUACUGCUUGUCAACGGGGGCACAGUGCUCAAGAUCUGCGACUUUGGCACAGCUUGUGAUGUGCAGACCCAGAUGACCAACAACAAGGGCAGUGCUGCAUGGAUGGCGCCCGAGGUGUUUGAGAGUUCGACGUACACGGAGAAGUGUGACAUCUUCAGCUGGGGAAUCAUCCUGUGGGAAGUGCUGACAAGACGCAAGCCCUUUGAGGACUGCGGCCCACCAGCCUUCUGCAUCAUGUGGGCCGUCCACCAGGGAAAGCGGCCUUCACUGAUACGUGGCUGUCCCACUGUUCUGGAGGAGCUGAUGGUUAGUUGCUGGUCUAAGCAUGCCGAGCAGCGACCGCCCAUGGCCGAGGUGGAGAAGACCAUGGACCACUUGGCGGCCCUAGUUCCUGGGGCCGACGUCCCUCUGGCAUAUCCGGCACCACAGAUGGAUGAUGCCGAGUCGCUGGGCAGUGACGAGUGGAGUGAGCCAGCUGGUCUAGGGACCAACCCGUCGUGGGGCUCCCAGCGACAGGCCACCUCGCUCGUGUUGCAGGGAGCUACAGACACCACCACAACCACCGAGGCCCAUAGAAGCAGCCGAGAGCAGCCGCCACAAAUGAGUGCCCCAGCGUCGUUGUCCUGCAGCAGUGAGGACUUGCAGCGGCUGACUGAGCUCUCCAUCCAGGAUGGGGCUGCGGGAGAUGCCAUCGUCCCACCAUGGACACCUGGCUCCCAGCAAUUGAACGUGGCAACUGGCUCGGGCGACCGGUGCACUCCGCCUACCGGGGCAAGGACGAGCGGCCACCGUGUCCUCACCCGAGCUUCCACACGAGCCUACUGUCGCGGCCAGACCCUUCGCGGAAGACCUCCUGGCCGGCUACCCCAGACUGUCCGCAGGAGGUGGACUUGGGCCUCAACGCUCACCUGCUCAUUGAGCCAGCCUUGCAGCAAGGAGCUGGACAAGGAGUUGGAACUUUCGGUCUCUGAGCCCCAGCGCACGUACUACGAUGAGGCCGAGCAACUGGAGAAAGAACAGGAGCAGCUGAAGCUUCUGCGUGAAAGCCUCAAGAACCAGCUUCAGCGGCUGAAGCAGCAGCAACGUGGCACUCACACUAGCAGUCAGCCCGGCAGCGGCAACGAGGACUGGGUCAUGGUGUCCUUGCCGCGAUAGAACAAUCACAUGCCGUUUGCGGGCUUGGCCAUGCGGUGUACUGUAGCUGGGCUGCCACUGUAGGGGUGAAAUGUUUUGUUGUACCAAUGUGAGUCGUGUCUUAGUAGGCUGUCGCUUGGUUGUAUCCCUUUGAGUAACUUCUGCCAAGGCUCUUCAGGCUUUUUUUCAUAAGUUACACGUCUAGGACCAUAGGGGAAUUGUCCGAGGGGCUCGUUUUCUGUAUUACACACAAUUAAUGAAACCGACAGACAGUUAAGCCAAGGAAAGCAUAGGGAACAGCAUUUGUGGUUCCUUAACUGUAGCGUAAUGAUUCUCGUUGAAAAGAAUCAAAGUGGACGUAACAUCACCCUUUCCAUCGGUGGUAUCCGAACCUGGCAAAAAAAAAAAGAGACUGUUCUACACUCGCCGCCUAGGCUACAACUGGCGCUGGCUAACACUCCCAGGUAUUAAGCACACAUAAAUACCCUACAAAAAAGUGGACGGGGGAGUGCCCUCCGUUGUAGCUCGGAUGGUAGAGCAUCGGACGUGUAAUUCGAAGGUUGUGGGUUCGGAUCCCACCGAUGGAAAGGGUGAUUUUUCGUGCACUUUAAUUUCUUUCAAUUGAAGUGAGAAUCAUUACACUACAGUCGAGAAAUCGCAAAUAAUGUCCCCUGUGCUUUCUUUGGGCUUAAUUGUCUGUCGGUUUCAUUAAAAGUGCUAGGAGCCAGUUGCUGGGCGGCACAUAUCCACAGCUAAUGUAAAUGUGCGCAAUAGUUGCAUGUGUCAUAGACUGCCCCACUUUCGAUUUGUGGGAAGGAAGUGAUGAUGAGGCACUCGUGUGUCACUGCUGCCUCAGCUGUAUGUGCCUCCUUUCAGCGAGGCCAUCCUGCAAACACUGAGAAACUGACCAUAGUACCCCUGCUCAGUCAAUGGUUCUAGUUGCCAGACUAAAUCAAAAACACAGGUCCUGACGUUUAUUAUUUAUUUGAGAACUGGGACCAGUGUGUCGGAACGGAACGAAAACCAAAACAAGAAAGAAACUAUAUUUUUUGCAGGAACGAAAACGUAACCGAAACUAUCAAUUAUUUCAUUCCGGAGUGAAACCAAAAAUUUUUAAAUCAUUUUUGGGUUCACGAGAAAACUUGGCAAUCCGCAACAGCUGAGGUCAUGCAACGUGAGCAAUUAUCUAUAUCUCACGGUACAGUAUUAGUGCGCACCUCAGGCAGGAAUUCUAAAGCAAAGAUAUGUUCCAAUUGUGCGAAAAACGAAAACAGUGGCAACCAGAGAUGUUUAUAUUAACGCAAGUCGACUUUUGCGUGCCUGUCAUGCAGGCCAGCGUGGAGAGGGCAUUCUCGGCGCUGAAGUUUGUUAUAGGGAAAGCUGGUUAUGAGAUCACAACAGCCGACUUUGGCGCCAUAGUUGUCCACCACCGCCGCCGCCGCCAGUGUCCGUGACUGUUGUUGCUUGAAAUAAAAAAAAAUGAAAUGAGAAACAAAUUUCUAGGAUCGGAUUGGAUUUGAACCUGCUAGUUGGUAGGAAUUCGUGGUACAGUUACUUCCGCUCCUCCGAAGAACGUGUUUCACCCCUGUCCCACUUUCUUAAGUGGAGAGCAACUGUACCACAAAUCCAAUGUUUUUUAUGAUUACUUUAACUUCAAAUUUUUACAUACAAAUAAAAACUGUUACGAACUGUUA